GAACUUUUUUUUCUCUUCUCUUGAACGUCACGUGAUCUAAACAGGCGGCCCACGUGCUUCCCACGUGCACCCGGUGACAAACACAUGUAGGCUGGUCAGUAUCAUGCUGCCCUUGACUCGGACUCUCAACACCUCCCUCCGUCCUGCCCCCGGCCUGCUCACCCUCCUCGUGCUGAUCCUGCUGCCCGUGACGUCACCCGCCCGUCACGCCAUCGGCCUCCUGGUCCUGUCCACCAACGCUAGCCUCGGGUCCGGGUUCGAAACCCACGGCGGCCAGUCCCUGAUCGCGACCGUCGAGGAGGCGGUCCGGACGACGGAGGUGCUGCUCAAGCCGGCCGGGGUCAAGGUCACGCUGACGUGGAGGGACGCUGGGGUGUGCGACGAGCGGCUGGCCCUGGGGGAGACGGUGUCGCUGCAGAGGGAUCAGGUGGACGUCAUCGUGGGCCCGUUUUGUCCGGCAUCACUGCGAGUGGUCGCCCUUUUGGGAUCUUUCUGGAAGAUUCCGGUGGUCACGUGGGCGCCCCUCAACAGGGAGGUCAUCGAGCACAGUCGGAGAGAUGACGUCAUGUCCACCUUUGGGUCAUUUGAAGAUUUGGCUCGCUCGGCCGUUGUCGUCAUGAGGCAUUUGAGAUGGACGAAAAUUGCCAUCCUGUACGACGAGGACGGCGUGUGUGAGUUCUUGAAGGAAGAGAUCCUACAGUUCCUGCAAGCCGGGGAUCACGUGACCGAGGCGGCGGUGGUCAGGCUACGUGCGGGGGAUCUCAAGCCGCUGACUGAAGGGCUGAGACGUGUUAAACAGCUGACCAGGACUCUGGUCGUCUGUUCCCAACCAAUCACCAUGGAAACCAUCCUACAGGAAGCGGAAGUGCUGGACAUGACUUCCGGCUACUACGCAUUUUUGUACCUCAACUUCGACAUCACCCCGAUGGCCAAAGUUCCGUCCAAAAAAAAUUCCCAGCGAAAUCUGUUGGCCACGGUGCUCCAGCUUGGCCACUUUCCUUUCCCGGCCAUCGUGGCCACCUCGAGCACUCAGCGGAGGAGCGGCUCAUCAAGAGAUGACUUGUACAUCAGGACACAGAUGAUGUUGGCGCCCUACCUCCACGACGCCAUUCUUCUUUCUGUGAUGUCGUCAGCCAGUCGACAGCUCGGCCGUCAAUUACCAGCCCUACCCACGGGGCAAUACCUGAAGACAGGCCCCCUGGAGUUUGACGCCCACGGAACCAGGAGGACCAACCACUCACUGCUCUACUCACAGUCCGUCGUCGCCAUGGUAACAGCAGAAGCCGAGCUCCUGCAGCUGGGGGCCAUCGCCUGGCCCAACGGCCCAGUGCCCACGUCAGACCUGGACUGUCAUUUCCCGGGGAAAAUUUGUACAGAUAUCGUGGGCGUCGUCGCUGGCGUGGUGGUGGGCGGUGUAUUGUUGGUGGGUGUGCUCAUUGCUGCCAUAUUCCUGUACAGGAAACACAGGCAGCAGACGGUGGACGGCAACAAGGACUGGCUCGUGGACGACAAGGACGUCAAGCGCCGGAAGGUGAAGGCCAUCGGCAACAUGACCUUCAGCAACGGCAACACCUGCAACGGCAGCACCAAGAAGCGGCUGGUCAGAAUGGAAACCCGAGGCACGUUGGGACUGGGGUCAAACUGUAGCCUGGACAAAACGAUGCUCUACGCUCCCAUAGGGAACUAUAAGGACAUGGUUGUGGCCGUCAAACACGUGAGGUGGACGCACGUGCAGCUGAGCAUGAAGGAGAUGUUCCAGGACCUCAAGACGGUGAAGGAGCUCUCCCACGACAACGUCAACCAGUUUAUCGGAGCCCACGUGUCGUCCACCCCGGGCUCCAGCUACGUGCUGUUCCGGUACUGCUCCAAGGGCAGCCUGCAGGACGUGCUGGAGAACGACGACAUCAAGCUCAACUGGAUGUUCAAGCUCUCCUUCGCCCUUGACCUUGCCAGGGGCAUGGAGUACAUUCAUAAGUCACCGCUUCGUUCCCAUGGCAACCUAAAGUCAAGCAACUGUGUGAUCGACAGCCGGUGGGUUUUAAAAAUCACGGAUUUCGGCGCCAUUGUGUCUUACAGGAAAGUAGGGGCAGAGGGAGACGUGGACAACAGGGGAUAUUUCAAUAGUUUGCUGUGGUGCGCACCAGAAAUUCUGCGCAUGCACAAACGGCCGCACAAGGGCACGCAGAAGGCCGACGUGUUCAGCUUCGGCAUCAUACUGCAGGAGAUUCUCUUACGGUGCUCGCCUUACUUCUACAACAACAAGGAUCCGGAAGAUAUUAUUCGACUAGUGAAGAGCAUCAACCACGGCAGGCCGUACCGACCUCUCGUGCCUAACGAGAACGAUUUGCCCGCCAAAGCUUUCACCCUCAUGGCCUUAUGCUGGUCCGAAGAACCGGAGGCACGCCCAGAUUUUCACAACAUCCGGAAAAAACUGCGGGAAUUCAAUGGAACCAAGAGGCUGAACAUCAUGGACAACAUGCUGCACAUGCUGGAGUCCUACAGCAGCAACCUGGAGCAGCUGGUCACUGACCGCACGGAGGAGCUGGAGGCUGAGAAGCGGAAGACGGACACGCUGCUCUACCAGAUGCUGCCGCCGCUGGUAGCUGAACAGCUAAAAAGUGGGAUGUCUGUGAUUCCAGAAUAUUUCGAUCACGUGUCCAUCUUCUUCUCUGAUAUUGUUGGCUUCACAGCUAUAGCAAGCCAGAGUAGACCGCUAGAGGUGGUAGAUUUGCUCAAUGAUUUGUACACAUGUUUUGAUGAGGUUAUAGCACGUAGAGAUGUCUAUAAGGUUGAAACAAUCGGCGACGCCUACAUGUGUGUCAGUGGCUGCCCCAAGAAAAAUGGAACACGGCACGCCGGAGAAAUCGCAAACAUGGCGCUGGACCUCAUUUCUGCCGUCACACACUUCCGCAUCCGGCACAAGCCCGAGGAGCGGUUAAAUUUGAGGGUGGGGCUCCACACGGGGCCGUGUGCGGCCGGUGUGGUUGGACGGACGAUGCCUAGGUACUGCCUGUUUGGUGAUACGGUGAAUAUGGCCAGUAGAAUGGAAUCUACCGGGAAAGCCCUUCACAUCCACAUGAGCAAUGAGAUGAAGGAGGCUUUGGAUGACCUUGACUGGGGUUUUCUGAUGGUGGAGAGGGGCUUCAUUGAGGUCAAGGGCAAGGGCUUACAUAAAACAUUCUGGCUAGCAGGGAAGACAAACUACAAGAAGCCACUGCCUCAGUCUCUUGUAGAUUUACAAAAGAGCCUUGAAGAUGGAGGCCAUCCUCCCACCCCGUCCUACUGCACCCUCACAGUGGGGGACAGCAUGUUCAGCGCCCUAAGGAAGACGUCCAUCACUGUCAGCAACAUCACCAUGGAGAACACCCCCUACACCUCCGACUCUGAGGACGCCAGCAGCACCCACGGCCCUCUGUCAGACGCCAGUAAACUCGCAGACAUGCGCAGCGCCAGUGCUGUCAUCAGCGCUUCUAGUAAUGUCCCGAAACGUAGAUACGCCACUGUUGCACCGGUUGAACUUGUGGCUAAAUUAAACAACCAAUCAGAUGGUACGUCGUGGGGGAAGUAUAAAUGCGAGGAAGCUGACAAUAUGGGAAAUACUAACAACGAAACAGACACUACGGAAACGAUUAGCUAUGUCAAGCAGGCUAUUAAAAAAGACAGCGCCUGCUAUAGCCUGUCAGACAACAGCAGCGACCCCGACCUCAAUAGGGUGGAUAACUCUGUUGGCCCCUGGGGGUCUCAGAACGCUGACUUUGAAUAUUUGCCCAGUUUGUCAGGAGACAACAACGAAAAUGUUUCCAGUGUUUUUGGCGACACAAGUCAACAACUGGAAACCGUGCAGAAAAAAAGAUCGGUGCGGAAGAAAUAUAACGACAGACGAGGGGUCAUUGACCCCCAUGAUAUCCCCAGAAUAGAAAUUACAUAGGUGAUGAUUAAUGUUUAGAAAUGUUUACUAAUGUUAAUAUCUGAUCUCAAAACAAUUUUUUUUUAACCGCAAAAAGGUUCUUGAUAAAUACAAAUUUUCUAGAGUAAAAAAGAAAUUUAGGCUUUUUUUAAAUAAUUUCAUUUUAAAGAAUAAUGUGAACCUCUUUUUAAAAAAUGAUUUACUGGAAUUACAGCUUGUUCAAUGCUAUUUUUAGAUUUUGAGCACACUUGGCACAUAUCAUGACCUGUACAUUUUCUUAUAAAAUUUGGCAUUUAGCAAGGGGUUAAUGUGUUUAAAUUAUCUGAAGCUUUUAAAAUCUUGUAUGCCAUUAAAAUCUGUUGACUAUAUGCUGCAGAAAUAUAAAACAAUUGAAACACAUAUCAAUUAUUUCCAACAAAAGCCGUACAACUAAUCAGAGUGCAUGUAGCACUUAAGAGUUCACAAGAGAGUUUUAUCCAAGUCAGCAUUAAAUAUUUGUUACAGUAAACAGCUCUAAAGUA